AUGAAUGAACUUCCACCAAUUAAAGCUCCCGUUGGUCAAGCACCUAAUCCUAACUUGAAGAACGUUAAAUCUAAGAUCGGUUCCUUAGAUAACAUCAAACAUAAACCAGGAGGAGGCGAAAGAAAGGUGGCAAGUCAAAAAUUAGAAUGGCAAGCCAGUUCAAAAAUAGGAUCAUUGGAAAAGGCCAGUCAUAAGCCGGGAGGAGGCGAUAAGAAGAUUUUGGUUCAGAAACUCGAUUUCAAAGAUAAAGCCCAAUCUAAGGUUGGAUCACGCGAUAAUAUCAAGCACCAACCUGGAGGAGGUACAAUUAAGAAACAGCAUGUGCAAGCCGAAAGUGGACAGGAUAGAAUCGAAACACAAAAGACGGACUUCAAGCAGCGUGCCUCUUCCAAAGUAGGAUCUUUGGAUAAUAUUAAGCAUCAAGCUGGAGGUGGUAAUGUUAAAAUAAGAUCUGACAAGUUAAAUUUUAAAGAAAGAGCAUCUUCCAAAAUAGGCUCUCUUUCGGGGUCUGAGAAAGGAAGUACUCAUGGCUCAGAUUCGCAGAGUCCCAUCCCACCUUCAUCUCCAACUCCGGGAGACGAGCCAGGAACUUCCAUGCCACCCGUAUCUGAGAAUGGAGAAGAGAAUGGGAUCUCUCCAACCGAAGAUAGACAACUGGAUGGUGAUGCAUCACCCGAAUCACCAGAAGCUCUCAAAGCCACUUCGGUUAGUCCGCAAGCCGCUCAAUGCUGACAGAAAACACCGAUUUCUCUGUAAAACCUACUUACUUCUUGUGUGUAAUCUUUCUUAGAAGAAGAAACUAAAAAGUUUAAAAAAAUUUAAAAAUUAUUGGGAAGAUCAUCCAUCAAUCGUAAACAUAAUCCAGGGAAAAUUCAUUAAAAUUUACUUUUCCCUGUAUUAAUUAUUAAAUAUAUUACCAUAUUAUGAUAAUGCUAUUUAUCGGCUUUCGAACCCCCCAGACGACUCGCUGGAUCUAAACAUGUCAGCUUUCUUCCCUUCUAUACCUCUUCCAUUUAUAUCGUUCUUCAUAGACCCAUGAUAUAUACAUCUGACAAUUCAAAGCAGAGAUCCAACGAAUCGCCCGCCAUCCCUAUAGAAACUGUAAUAUUUCUGUCUUAUUUUAGGUUGGAAAAUGUCAUUCACAAUUGUCACAAAUCGAUGUUGUUUCAACGUAUCCACAAAUAAAAUUAUCAAGUUAUGUCAUUCUUCUUGUAUGUGUGUUUUCAGGUUUAUGUACGUAUAGCUGCAGGGAAUCGUAAUUGUUUGACCAUCAUGGACUUCCGAAUGAUAAAAAUGAUUGUGUAACCACACGAUUGUUACGUUUCCCUGUAUUUAGUUAGUUUAAUUGUUCAAUUUUGCUUUAAUUUAAUGGAGGUUGAGCGUUUUUUGAAUGUCAACCCCGAUUGUCCAAGUGGGGGGUGGCGGGUUAUAACGGGAUAUGGGGAUAAAUUAUAAAAACAAAAAAUAUAUAUAUAUACACACACAAAAACUCACCUUUUAUAGCAGUUUUUUUGUAAUGUUCGCAGGAAGGUCAGUUUAGCAAAUUUAGGGUACAAGAGGUACCUGCUAUACGUCUUAAAUUCGGAACAUAUUGCUUUGCGGAAUAUAUCAUCGGAUCACUUGGUUGUGUACCUGAUCAAAAUGGCGCCUCUUCCAAGAAAAUGUUGAUAAGGAUCUGCGCAAAAAUUUGUGUAUAUUUUGUGUGUUGGAUGGGACUGAUUUUAUGUUCUAAUAUCGAUUUUUGGGAAGCUUUAUAAAUCUGGUCAGGCUGACAGAUUUUAAAAGAAAAAAAAAAUAAAAAUAAAACUACAAAUCGGUUCAAUCAUUGAUUUGUGUUAAGAUAUGAUAAUUCAAUAUCUGAUUGAGCUGAUGUCGUCUAUUAUGUAUAUUUUGUCAAAUUUUUCGCUUUAUGCUGAACCAGUUGUGCUGUGUUCGACGUUAUUAUGGAAAUUGUUUAAUUUUUUGUAGAGAUAAAUAAAAUUUAGUCCCCAACCAUUAUGAAUUGCUUUUCAUGGGAUUAGACAUUUUAAAAAUUAUUUAGAGACGCGUUGUAUCAAAAUAUAAACAAUAAAACGAACUCUGAAAGACA